AGAAAGUCGUCGAUCAUUAACAUGAUCACUUUCAAAGCAAAGCAAUUGUGCCUCUUUUCUCACUGUAUGCUGCGACUUCUUCCUCGUUCCAAACAAACUAUUCUCCAGCAGGUCGCAAAAAGGAACUUAUCUCAAGGACUUUCUUUUCCCCCCAGAAUGCCAAAAGAAACCACGACAAAGCAGCCUUUGUCUGGAACCUUUGGGGUCGCCAAACCAUCAGGACCCACUUCGAUGGCCUUGGUCAAUGACAUUAAAAAGCUUGUCUCAAAUUCAUCACUGUUCGUGGAGGAAAGCAAACUCCAAGGAGCCAAACACAAACGCAAGGGAAAAUAUCGUCGUGGACCCGUCAAGAUAGGUCAAGGCGGAACGCUCGAUCCUUUAGCAGACGGCGUUCUAGUCGUGGCUAUAGGUAAAGCUACAAGAGAUCUGGCCGAGUUCUUGAAUUGUGUGAAGGAGUACGAGACAACUUGUCUGUUGGGUUGUGAGACCGACUCGUAUGAUAGUGAAGGUGCACAAGUCCGGGUCGCUCCAUGGAAACACGUUACUCGAGAGAAAGUCGAAGAGGCUUUGCAACAGUUUAGAGGCGAAAUCACUCAGACACCUCCGAUUUUCUCCGCACUCAAAAUGGACGGCAAGCCGUUAUAUGAAUACGCUCGAGAAGGAAUACCUUUACCCCGACCAAUAGAAGCGCGUAAUGUCACAAUCCAUUCCCUCGAAGUCAUCGAAUGGAAGGGGAGUGACCAUUCUUUCCGCUGGCCAGAGAAGAAAUUGUCUGAAGACCAAAAGAAAGCGCUAGAGAAGGCUUUGAAAGGUGUAGACGAACAGGCUAAAGUCGAAGACAGUCCUGUUUCAGAAAGCGAGCACUCAGAUGUACCGACCGCGUUCGUUCUUCGCAUGCAAGUUUCGGGUGGAACAUAUGUGCGCUCUGUUGCGCAUGAACUUGGUCAUGCAUUGGGUUCAGCGGCACAUGUCGUUACCCUCACGCGUACCCGUCAAGGACGGUUCACUCUUAGACCUACUGAACCCAGUGACAUGUCUUGCGUCCCAUGGAGCGUAUUUGAAAAGGCGUUAGAGAAUCCAGGCGAGCCGGAUUCUGAUGGUCGGCUAGAAUGGGAACGCGAUGUACUGGAAAAGUUCGAGGUAUUUGACGAGUCGAAUAAAAAGAGCAAACAGCAGAAGAAUUGACGCAUCUUACUCUUAUAUUAUUACCCAUUGUACACGCUUGACCCUGACAUAUGGUCAUUGUCCAGAGUCUUGAUAUUUUCGAAAAAUACAAAUGGUCAUACCAAAGGCAUUAUGACGGCGGUAACGUUGGAUG